UUUAUACAUGUUUCUGCACACAGUCCAGCAACAGCAGGGUUCAGCAGCACACAGUUUUGUCAGCAGGAUUACAACGUGAGAGGGAGAGUUUUACCGACUUACCUUUUUUAAUAAGAAAAUGUAAAGAGGCAAAUAAUUACAUCUGUAAGACCAAGCAGUAACAUAAAGAAGUCCCAAGAGAUAAGAAGAAAAGAAAAACAGAGAUACAGAUCAUCGUGCUCUGAAAAUAUUUGUACAAAGGUGAAGCAACCCAGACACCUGAAGCCUUGUGAGCAGGUGGCUAGCUGGGAACCAUCACUGUGUGCUGUGCCAAUACCCAGUGCUCUGCUCCUGAGUCAUUGCUUCCUUGGUUACAUUUACAUAAUUAUACCAACAUCUAGUUUGGUAAGAAGAAAAGAAAGUUGGUCUUGUUUGGCUGAGUGGGAGUUAACUAAUCCAUCUUAAAAUAAUGAUGACAAAAAAGAGCAGAUCUGCAAGCAGAGCUUCCCUGAUUCUCUUUCUGUGCCAGAUGAUUACUGCAUUGGAAGUACCUCUUGAUCCAAUACUUCUCAAAGAAUUAUCACAGCCUCCAACAAUAACUCAGCAAUCUCCAAAAGACUACAUUGUUGACCCUCGAGAGAAUAUUGUAAUACAAUGUGAAGCAAAAGGAAAGCCACCUCCUAGUUUCUCAUGGACCCGUAAUGGAACUCAUUUUGAUAUAGAUAAAGAUGCACGGGUAACAGUGAAGCCAAAUUCAGGAACCCUUGUAAUAAACAUUAUGAAUGGUGGAAAGACAGAAGCAUAUGAAGGAGUAUAUCAGUGUACAGCAAGGAAUGAACGUGGAGCAGCAAUUUCCAAUAACAUUGUUAUACGCCCAUCCAGAUCCCCCUUGUGGACUAAAGAAAAAGUAGAACCAAAACAUGUCAGAGAAGGUGAUCCUCUAGUACUUCACUGCAGCCCUCCAGUUGGCUUACCACCACCUAUAAUAUUUUGGAUGGAUAAUUCUUUCCAAAGGCUGCCUCAAAAUGAAAGAGUUUCCCAAGGUCUAAAUGGAGACCUUUAUUUUUCUAAUGUAAAACCAGAGGACACUCGUGAGGACUAUAUUUGUUAUGCGAGAUUUAAUCACACUCAGACUAUCCAGCAGAAGCAACCUAUUUCUGUGAAGGUGUUCUCAAUGGAUUCAUUGAAUGAAACUAUAUCUGCUAAUUUGAGUGACACUGAUUUUUAUGGUGCCAAGCCAUUGACAGAGAGACGACCAACUCUUUUAACUCCGUUGGGGAGUACAAGUAAUAAAGUGGAACUAAGGGGAAAUGUACUUUUGCUGGAGUGCAUUGCAGAAGGAUUACCCACACCAGUUAUCCGCUGGAUUAAAGAAGGUGGAGAACUGCCCAUCAACAGAACAUUUUUUGAAAAUUUUAAGAAAACUCUCAAAAUCAUAGAGGUUUCUGAAGCUGAUUCUGGAAAAUACAAAUGUGUAGCAAGAAAUCCAUUAGGUUCCACUCACCAUACCAUUACAGUAACUGUCAAAGCUGCUCCAUACUGGAUCACAGCACCUAGAAACCUUGUGUUGUCUCCUGGAGAGGACGGAACCCUGAUCUGCAGAGCUAAUGGCAACCCCAAACCUAAUAUUAGCUGGCUAACAAAUGGUGUGCCCAUAGCAAUUGCCCCAGAAGAUCCUAGCAGAAAAGUAGAUGGUGAUACCAUUAUUUUCUCUGAUGUGCAAGAAAGAUCAAGUGCUGUUUAUCAAUGCAAUGCCUCUAAUGAAUAUGGAUACUUGCUGGCAAAUGCAUUUGUGAAUGUUUUGGCUGAGCCACCAAGAAUUCUGACUCCUGCUAAUAAAUUAUAUCAAGUCAUUGCAAACAAUCCUGCGUUGCUAGAUUGUGCUUUUUUUGGUUCACCUGUGCCUGAAAUUGAAUGGUUUAAGGGAGUAAAAGGGAGCAUCCUGCGCGGAGAUCUUUAUGUUUUCCAUGACAAUGGAACUCUGGAAAUUCCUGUGGCACAAAAGGAUAGUACUGGUACAUAUACCUGUGUAGCAAGGAAUAAAUUAGGAAAGGUACAAAAUGAGGUUCAUCUAGAAGUCAAAGAUCCAACAAUGAUUAUUAAACAGCCUGAAUACAAAAUCAUUCAAAGGGGUGGCCAGGUUUCCUUUGAGUGUACUAUAAAGCACGAUCCUACCUUAAUACCAACUAUUAUGUGGUUGAAGGAUAAUGGUGAACUGCCAGAUCCUUUAAAAGGUUUUCAGUCCAAUGGACCUGGUCUUCAAUACAAAGUCAGUUGGCGUCAGAAAGAUGUUGGUGAUGAGUGGACUUCUGUUAUAGUUGCAAAUGUUUCAAAAUAUAUUGUAUCUGGUACACCAACCUUUGUUCCAUAUGAGAUAAAAGUACAGGCUUUAAAUGACUUAGGAUAUGCACCAGAACCUGCAGAGGUGAUUGGACAUUCUGGGGAAGACUUACCAAUGGUUGCUCCAGGCAAUGUGCAGGUGCACAUUGUUAACAGCACAUUAGCCAAGGUGCACUGGGACCCCGUUCCACUAAAAACUGUCCGAGGACACCUUCAAGGAUACAGGAUUUACUACUGGAAAGUACAGAGUUUAUCUAAAAGAAGGCGGCGGCAUGUGGAGAAAAAGAUUCUGACAUUCAGUGGAAACAAGACACAUGGAAUGUUGCCAGGACUGGAGCCUUAUAGUUCUUACAAGCUGAAUGUUAGAGUUGUUAAUGGUAAAGGGGAAGGACCAGCAAGCCCUGACAAAUUAUUUAAGACUCCUGAAGGAGUUCCUAGCGCACCUUCCUUUUUGAAGAUUACUAAUCCAACACUGGACUCUCUCACUUUGGAAUGGGGUCCACCUACUCACCCAAAUGGUGUUUUGAUAGCGUAUACACUAAAGUUUCAACCAAUUAACAGCACUCAUGAAUUAGGCCCCUUGGUAGAGAUCAGAAUUCCUGCAAACGAGACCAGCUUGAUAUUAAGUAAUUUAAAUUACAGCACACGAUACAAGUUUUACUUUUAUGCACAAACAUCAGUUGGAGCUGGAAAUCAAAUAACUGAGGAAGCAGUAACAAUUAUGGAUGAAGCUGGUAUUCUCCCUCCUGCUGUAGGUGCAGGCAAAGGAUACUCAGAAACCCUUUUUGCAACCUCCCCUGUCAUACAUACUGUCCAUCUAACAUUCUAUAAGGUUCGACCAGUUUAUCCAAGGAUCAGAAAUGUUACUGCAUCUGCUGCUGAGACCUAUGCCAAUAUCAGUUGGGAGUAUGAGGGACCAGAUCAUGUGAACUUUUAUGUUGAAUAUGGUGUAGCAGGCAGCAAAGAAGAUUGGAAAAAAGAAAUUGUAAAUGGUUCUCGGAGCUUCUUUGUGUUAAAGGGUUUAACACCAGGAACGUCAUAUAAAGUCCGGGUUGGUGCUGAGGGUCUGUCUGGUUUUGUGAGUUCAGAGGAUGUGUUUGAGACAGGUCCAGCAAUGGCAAGCCGGCAGGUUGACAUUGCUACUCAAGGAUGGUUCAUUGGUCUUAUGUGUGCUGUUGCUCUUCUUAUCUUGAUUUUGCUGAUUGUUUGCUUCAUAAGGAGGAAUAAGGGUGGCAAAUAUCCAGUGAAGGAAAAGGAAGAUGCACAUGCUGAUCCAGAAAUACAGCCUAUGAAAGAAGAUGAUGGAACGUUUGGUGAAUACAGGUCUCUUGAAAGUGACGCAGAGGAUCAUAAACCUCUAAAGAAAGGAAGCCGAACACCUUCAGACAGGACUGUGAAAAAGGAGGACAGUGAUGAUAGUUUAGUUGACUAUGGCGAAGGUGUAAAUGGUCAGUUCAAUGAGGAUGGCUCCUUUAUUGGACAAUACAGUGGUAAAAAAGAGAAAGAACCUGCAGAAGGAAAUGAAAGUUCUGAGGCUCCUUCUCCUGUCAAUGCCAUGAAUUCCUUUGUUUAAUCAAGAAACUCAAUUCCCUUCCUACAAUAUUUUCCAUUGUGUUUAAAGCACUUGUGCAUCCUCCUUCUCAUGCUAAGAACAUACAGGUGACAAAGCUCCUAGCAACAAGAUGUUUAUACUAUGAGAACAUAUAGGUCAAUACAGUUACACACUAUAAAAACACAGUAAGUGAUAUGUUAGUAUGAAUCAAAGUGCAAAAGUCAAAAAUUUUGCUCUGAAUUUGAGUAUUUUUGCUUUUUUUAAAAAAUAAACUGACAAAAAUAAUAUAUCAUCUGAUAAUGUUAUUUCCUGUCGAAAAUACAGUAUAAUGCAUGAAAAAUGCUACACAUUUCACAGAUAAACCUGUGUAUGCUAUUAAAAUCUGGUUUGAUACUUUGUUAUGCAGUCCUCAGCUGAAUCCCUGGAUAUGAAUUCCGUUUUCAUUGUCAGAGUGUUAUAGUAGUGUUAUAUAGAACUUCAAUGUCUUUGUGGACAUUGUUGUGAAAUUGGUGACUUAAUGUCUAGCUAUCAUAUGUCUUUUUGCAAGACAAUUAGGAACAGUAUGUAUGGUAUAUAAUUGCUAAAUGAUUUAAUUAUGACACUUGCAUUUGCUGAUGCUUACUGAGACCCUGAUAUCUGCUCUUUGUUCCUAUUACUUUAUAGCCUUCCUAAUCUAUCAAGUAUUACAGCACUACAGUGUUCUAUUUUUACAUCGUGUAUAUGUUGGAUUGAUUUUAAGACAUAAAACAAUAUCCGUUGCAAUGCAUUUUGGAAUUUGUACAGUCACUGAAGUGAAAUUUUAAAAUGAGACAAAAUAUUCCAGAAGACACAGGGCAAAAUACAUUCAGUGCCUUUAUAGAAUAUGCAUUCCAUAAUGCACUGUACUACUAAGUUGGUGCAAUAAACUGUGAUUAGUGAACUACUAUCAUUGCCAAACAAAGUAACUGGUAAAAAGCAGAGAUGUUAUGAAACGGUUGAGCUGCAAAAUGCAAGGUUUAACAUUUUUUAAAUUACACAAAGCACAAUAUGAUUUUUUUUCCUUGAAGAUAAAAUAACAGCUUUUAGACAAUUAGAGCACAACAUGAUUUCAUGGCCUUACACAGUUUACACAAAAAUGGCUGAAUUCAGAUAUUUUACUAAUGCUGCAAAAACCUAAAACUCUCUUGCAAAAUAUGUUAAAAAAUACCAUGCCAACAACAGCACAUUUUCCUCCGAGUCAUUGCUUGACCCAUGUGGCAGCUUUUGAAAUUAUCUACAGCAUGAAAGCAGUGUGUAGAUUACUGCUCAGAACCACAAAAUUCAAGGAAUCUGACAAAUGCUAACAAGGUUUAGUGGUAAAGGAUUACUGUUAUCAGUUACAAAAAUAUUCUCUCACAUACUAUAUCAAUCAAACGGUUUACCUCCAAAUAUGAAAUUUUAUAACAACCUAUGGUUGAAGGAAUGCUCAGUUUCAUUUGCCAAUAAAUUGGUUUUUCAUAACUUGCAUCAAGUUUAAUUUUAAGUAUGCUUUUUAUAUGUAGAUAUUUGUUGAAUUUGUAAAUACACUUAAAGUGUAGAUGCUAUAUGCUUCUAGGUGUUACAAACAAAUAAACAAAACAAAAAAAGCCUAUGUUGUACUGUGUAAGAAGUACUAUAGCCAAUGGAGUGCUUGGUAUUUUAAAGCAUCUACUUAAAUAUAUAUUUUUUGCUGUGAAAAUGAAAUAGUGAACUGUUCUACUUAUUUACUGCAGAUUUCUAGAUAUUAUCUUAAGAGCUUGUGUCCGUGGAUUCCAUUAGACCAUAGUACACCUUGCAGAUUUUAUGUAUGUAUUGUAGAUAAAGCACAAUUUGAAGUAAUCACAAAUUGAAGUCAGCCGUACAAGCUUCUUUUGCACCGUUAAGCUUUCCAUAAUCCAUUUUCCUUAUGGAAACAAAAACAAAAAAUGAACUAUAUAACACUGAUUACAAAGCACAAAGAGAGUUUCUUAAUAAGAUUUCCCAACGGUAUUGAUAACAAUAAAGUGAAAUUUUAUUCUUCUUUAAUUGUAGAUGCUGAAUUUAUCUGUGCAUGUAAGGGUACACAUACAGGCUCACUUCUGUAAUAGUGCAACAGUUUUUGUAUUAAAAAUAAAUGUGGUUUUAAAAUUUCA